AUGGCGAAGUUGCUGGGAGAAACUUUGUUUGAAAUCAGUGGCCAAGGUCCUGCGCCUAUGAAAGAUUAUUUCUAUUUCGAAAUAAGACAAAAUGAGGUUAUUUGGAGGUGGUGGAAAAUUUCUUUAAGGGUUGAAUCUCGGAACACGACACCAGGAGAAACGAAGGAAUCACACGCUGACUAUCUGGAUGACAGCCGCCUGCAGAGUCAGGUGGCAAUGGUGUUUGGUUCUCACAUCUUGGAGUACUCCAAAAAAAUAUGCCAGGGCCAUUAUGAUUAUCUCCCGCGUUUACCCGACGAUUUACUUUUGAAUAUCACGGCCCAUUUAGACCUUGAAGAUGUCGCCCGGUUUGCACGCACCUGUCACAGAUUUAAAAAGAUUUGUAGCUCGGAAGAGUUCUGGGAGCAGACAGUAAGAAUGUACUGUGACACUGUCACUGCUGGGAUGGAGGACUUAGCCAAGGAGGUGGGAUGGAGGACUAUCUUCUUCACCAACAAACUCCAACUACAAAAGCAGAUCAGCCGCCGGAAGCUAAAGAAUAAAACACCCCACACAGGUGGAGUAGACAGUGCUGUGUUGGUUCCUGUUUCUACAGGCAUGCCUACUGACAGACAGCACAGUGAUGGGGACUAGGCCAAUGAGCCUAAGAAUGAAUAGUGUACAAGAAACAAAUCUCUAAAGUGUAUAAAGAUGCCUAAAUAUUAACAUUUACAAUGGAGCAUGAAGGUAGACAAACUAACAAACACCAUAUAUUAUGUAACCUAUCAAUAAUGCAUGGUCAGCCUGAAUUUGAUCCUAGAGCUGUUUUUUCCCUCAUGUUUAAAACACAUUCUAAGUAAGAUGAUGAGCCAUUCUUCCCAUUUUGAACUACUGAAAUGCGAUUUCACUCACUGGUUUCAAAAAAUGUUAGACAUUUAGCAUUUUCCUGCUAAGAACAGGUUAUUUAGAGAGAGGUUAUUGAGAGACUUUCAUUUUAUUUUAUACUUCAUUUUAUAUUAUUCAUUUAAUUAUUUGCUGUGUUAUAAACAUAAUGUUCAUUUUUCAUUGCUUUAAAAAAAAAAAGGUUUGUGACCAUCAAACCAGCUACAUAAUUUUCACCACUUUUACAAUUCCUUUUGCUUUAGACACUCACAUUUAAGUGCUGUUUAUAGAGUUUUAUGCCAGUCAAACUAGCUAAGUAAAUGUAUCUUAUUUGUAAUGGAAAUUUAAUCCUUUGAAAACAUGACUCCAAUUUUAUUUCCAUUUCUGUUAUUUGGUCUCCCCAUUGAAGCUACUUUAUCCAUGUUACUUUAUUAGAGCAUGGAUGAAUUUAAAAUGUACAGAGUGCAUCAGAAAUUACUCUAAGAUUUAUAUAUUUAACAAACGAAUUAAUCAUCUGUUUGAGUGCUAUUUUGAACACCUAUCAAAGAAACUGCCUUUAAAGCAGUUAAUGUUUUUCAUAGAGUCCUGCCAUACUGCUACCUGUGUAUUUCUGAGUACGUUUCAUUGUUUGCCUGUAGCAUUUAAGGUUUUGUUUGUUUGUUUUGGCCUUCUGAUUUUUUAAAAGAAUGCUUAUACUGUAUAUGGUUACAUAUAUUCUGACAGUAAAGUGUCUACUUUCUCUCUG